AUGGCGGACGCGGAGGGCAAGAAGAAUUCUCGCACUAACUUCCCUGGUAAUCUCUCUCAGCCACAUUACAAGAAGGUGAUAAGGCGACGUAGCAGCUCUAUGCUCAACGAUGAUGAUUUCCAGUGCCCGAUCUGCGAGCGGAGGCUUAGUCUGGAGAAAGAAAUCUGGAGAUCCAUAAUGGAGAAACUUCACCCCAAUGGAGAGCUCUCGGAGUACCAGAAAAAGGAAGAAGGCAGAACAAAUUGUGAUGAAGGAGCAGCCAACUUUCAAAAAGCCUCCCGCCUUCCACUCACAUCCGAUCGUCCCCACACGUGUCUGUUGACCUCGCCUCUCACUCUGCCCUCAGCCUAAGAU